GCCGUCGCGGCCGUGAAGCUGCGAGCUGGCCCGGCCGGGCCGGAACAGGGCAGCGGCGGCGGCAGGCCUGGCCCCGGGAUGGCGAUGUUCCGCAGCCUGGUGGCUUCGGCUCAGCAGCGGCAGCCGGCGGGCGGGCCGGCGGGCGGUGACAGCGGCCUGGAGGCGCAGUACAGCUGCCCGAUCUGCCUGGAGGUGUACCACCGGCCUGUGGCCAUCGGCAGCUGCGGCCACACGUUCUGCGGGGAGUGCCUCCAGCCCUGCCUGCAGGUGCCGUCCCCCCUGUGCCCGCUGUGCCGCCUGCCUUUCGACCCCAAGAAGGUGGACAAGGCCACCCACGUGGAGAAGCAGCUCUCUUCCUACAAGGCGCCCUGCAGGGGCUGCAACAAGAAGGUGACGCUGGCCAAGAUGAGGGUGCACGUUUCCUCCUGCAUGAAGGUCCAGGAGCAAAUGGCCAACUGCCCCAAGUUCGUCCCCGUGGUGCCCACGUCCCAGCCCAUCCCCAGCGCCGUCCCCAACAGGUCCACCUUCACCUGCCCCUACUGCGGCGCCCGGAACCUGGACCAGCAGGAGCUGCUGAAGCACUGCGUGGACAACCAUCGCAGCGACCCCAACCGCGUGGUGUGCCCCAUCUGCUCGGCGAUGCCCUGGGGGGACCCCAGCUACAAGAGCGCCAACUUCCUGCAGCACCUGCUACACCGGCACAAGUUCUCCUACGACACCUUUGUGGACUACAGCAUCGACGAGGAGGCUGCCUUCCAGGCCGCCCUGGCGCUGUCUCUCUCUGAGAACUGAGGGCACAGCCCCCGGACCUGAGCCCUCCCGCCUCGGGGGACAGGGCCGGGCCGGCUCUCUGAGGCCCAGCGCCUGCGUGGGAGUGCGCCUUGGGGACCAAGCGGGGCCUCCGUGGUUGCAGGAGGGGCGGCCCCAAGCCCGCCGGCCCACGUCCUCACGGGGUGGCCACCAGUGCUCCUGGCCGAGCGUCGCUGGUUCUUCGGUGCUUCGAGCUGAGCAGCCGGCCCUGGGGGUGGGGGCCGGCUCGACGGGCCUGGGAGCAGCUGGCCGUCUGUCUGUCUGUCUCAAAGCCAUGAUGUCCUCCCCGUCCGCACAGAGACCCGCUCUGCCCAAGCUGUGCCCCGCAGGCCCGGCCGCCGCACCGGAAGUGCAGGAGGGGCCCCGGGCGGCAUCUGGCAACACUUCCACUUUGCGCACUCGGUACUGGCUUUUGUGAUACCUAGAAAUUCCGGCAUUUUUCUAUAUUAUCCGGUGUGAUAACCUUUUCACAUUUUAUAGAGCAAAGACAGAGCAGUUACUCUUCAUAUCGCAAUACCCGUGUUUGACUAGGAACAAUAGUAUUUUUAUGGAACAUUUACAAGAUUAUAUUUUUUAAAAAAAAAAGCAAUCAAAAAUAAACAGUGAUGGGGUCAGCGCAGGGGAGGGAAAGAGGCGAGCAGACGCCGGAGCCAGAGCACGGCCGCAGGGCUUUGCUGGGGAGCCUGCAGGACCCCAGUGGCAGGGUCCCUCUCCUAGUCACCAGGAAGCAGCCCCGGCGCCCCCUGACUGCUCACAGUGCAGCCCCCUCCUGCCAGGGGCGCGGCCUUGGCCCCGCUGUCACCUUCCCAGGCGGACCCUGGACCAUGCCCCGUGCCCAGCAGGCCACCCCUGGGGAUGACGGGCGGGGUUGGAAGACGCUGUCUUACUCUUUCGGUUCAAUGCAUAAAUUAUUGCUCUUUUAAAAAAACGUAAAUAAAACGUUUCAAAGCAUCUA